UAUACCCACAACGACGACAGAACUUUAUACUGGCGCACGUUAGCCAUCCAACGCCCUGUACGGGCUGACGUUAGCCACUGGACCUUAUCCGGCGCAUUACAUCUUCUUCACCGUCAAUAAAAUUAUUAUCAUCCACACAAAACCUAGGGUUUCAGUUUCAUCAGUUGUGCCGUCUUCAAAACGCAACAUAAUAACAUGGACUCCAAUGAGCACCUCAGAAACCAGUACACCUAUUCGAAUCUCUUCAAUCUUGAGUCGUUGAUGAGCUUUCAACUACCUCAACCAGAAGAUAAGUUUGAUUAUGAGGCCUAUAGUAGUCAGGAUGAGAGCAGAGGUGGACACGCUGGAGUGAUGUCGGAAAAGAAAAGGACACGGAGUGUGUACGAUAGUGAUGAAGAUCACCAUGGCGGUUAUGCUACAUACAUAGCUGAGGAGCGGUAUAGAGCCAUGCUUGGCGAGCAUGUUAAUAAGUACAAAAAACGGCAUAGUAAUAGUAAUAAUAGUUUACCAUCGAAAGACCGGAAGCAAGCACACAAGAUUGAAACCGCUUCAAAUUUUGGUAACUAUGAAGUAGAUGUAUCUCCGAGUUUUGACAUGAAUAGGUCGUUUACAGAACCGAUUUAUUUGGAUAUUGGGGACGGUGUCAGUUACAGGAUUCCUCCAACUUAUGAAAUGUUGGCUACUACAUUAAACUUACCUAAAAUGUCGGAGAUUCAAGUGGAUGAGUUUUAUCUUAAAGGCACACUUGAUUUGGGCUCAUUAGCUUCGAUGAUGUCAACGGACAAGAAGUUUGGCCUAAGAAACAGAGUAGGGUUGGGUGAGCCUAAACCCCAGUAUGAGUCCCUUCAGGCAAGAUUAAAGGCCCGAUCUAUAAACAACUCUCCCCAGAAGUUCAGUCUUAAAGUCAGCAAUAUUGCAUUGGAAUCGUAUUCCGUUCCAGAGGGAGCGGCUGGUGGAAUACGGCGUUCUAUCAUGUCAGAUAGUGGAACUCUGCAAGUUCACUAUGUGAAGGUGUUGGAGAAAGGUGACACAUAUGAGAUUAUUGAGCGUAGUUUGCCCAAGAAGCGGAAAGUGAAUAACGAUCUGUUUGUUAUUGAGAAAGAAGAGAUGGGAAAAAUCGGUAUAUAUUGGGUGAACAUGGUCAGAAAAGACAUACCAAAACAUCAUAGGGUUUUUAUCAGCUUCCAUAGAAAGCAGUUAACAGAUGCUAAGAGAUUUGCAGAAAACUGUCAACGUGAGGUAAAGAUGAAGGUGAAUAGAUCGCUUAAGUUGAUGAGGGGCGCUUCACUUCGCACAAGGAAACUGGCAAGGGACAUGCUGGUCUUUUGGAAGAGAAUCGAUAAAGAAAUGGCUGAAAUAAGGAAAAAAGAAGAAAAAGAAGCUGCAGAAGCUUUGAAACGUGAACAGGAGCUUCGUGAAGCUAAAAGACAACAACAGAGGCUUAAUUUCUUAUUGUCACAAACAGAAUUGUACAGCCACUUCAUGCAGAAUAAGACAGCUACCCAACCUUUGACUGAAGAGGAAAAUAAAGUAGUUGACCAAGAAGAAAUGUUGACUUCUUCAGAAGCCAAUAUAGAAGAUGAAGAUCCUGAAGAGGCCGAAAUGAAAAAGGAGGCCUUGAAAGCAGCCCAAGAUGCAGUCUCGAAGCAGAAAAUGAUUACUAGCGCGUUUGAUGAUGAAUGUUUGAAGUUGCGUCAAGCUGUAGGGACUGAUGCCGUUGACCAAGAUGCUUCAAUUGCUGGAUCUACUGACAUCGACUUGUUGCACCCGUCAACUAUGCCAGUGGGGUCGUCAGUACAAACACCAGAGUUAUUUAAAGGUUCACUGAAAGAGUAUCAGCUUAAAGGUCUUCAGUGGCUGGUGAACUGUUACGAGCAGGGACUAAAUGGUAUUUUAGCUGAUGAAAUGGGCCUUGGAAAGACUAUCCAAGCAAUGGCCUUUUUGGCCCAUCUGGCUGAAGAAAAAAAUAUUUGGGGCCCGUUUUUAGUUGUUGCACCUGCUUCUGUGUUGAGCAAUUGGGUUGAUGAAAUCAGUCGGUUUUGCCCUGAUUUAAAAGCACUUCCUUAUUGGGGUGGCAUUCAAGAACGUACAGUACUUAGGAAAAACAUUAAUCCAAAGCGUCUAUAUCGUAGGGAGGCUGGAUUUCAUAUUCUUGUUACCAGCUAUCAACUGUUGGUAUCAGAUGAAAAGUAUUUCAGGCGUGUGAAGUGGCAGUAUAUGGUCUUGGAUGAAGCUCAGGCGAUUAAAAGUUCAAGCAGUAUAAGGUGGAAGACCCUAUUGAGCUUUAAUUGCAGAAACCGUUUGCUUCUUACUGGGACUCCAAUUCAGAACAACAUGGCUGAGUUGUGGGCCCUACUUCAUUUCAUCAUGCCAACCCUAUUUGACAGCCAUGAGCAGUUUAACGAGUGGUUUUCUAGAGGUAUUGAAAACCAUGCGGAACAUGGUGGAACGUUAAAUGAGCACCAACUUAGUAGACUGCAUGCCAUUUUGAAGCCUUUCAUGCUGCGGCGUGUUAAGAAAGAUGUGGUUUCCGAGUUAACCGGAAAAACCGAAAUUACUGUUCAUUGCAAAUUGAGUUCGAGGCAACAAGCGUUUUAUCAAGCUAUAAAGAACAAGAUAUCUCUUGCUGAGUUGUUUGACAAUAACCGUGGUCUGAAUGAAAAAAAGAUUAUGAAUUUGAUGAAUAUUGUCAUUCAAUUGCGAAAGGUUUGCAACCAUCCAGAAUUAUUUGAGAGAAAUGAAGGAAGUUCGUAUCUGUAUUUUGCUGAUAUCCCGAAUCCGCUUCUUCCGCCUCCUUUUGGAGAAUUAGAGGAUAUUUACUACUCUGGAAAUCAAAAUCCAAUUACAUACAAGGUACCAAAGUUGGUCUACCAAGAAAUUACGCAAAAUUCGGACGUCUUUUCCUUGGGAGUAAAGCAUGAUUUUGGCAGAGGGUUAUUUGAGAAACAUUUUAACAUAUUCACCUCAGAAAACGUGCAUUCAUCUACAUUAAAAGGGAAAGAUGGAGCGUUCGGAUUUACUCGAUUGAUAGAUUUGUCACCAGCUGAGGUGUCAUUUCUAGCACAUGCUUCAUCAACCGAGAGAUUAUUACAUUCUAUCGCUACAUGGGACCGUCAAUUUUUAGAUGCGCUUGUGGACUUGAUGAUGGAAACCGAAAACAUACAAACCAAUGAUACUGAAUUCGAGAAUCUCGGAACUGAGAAAGUAAGAGCGGUCACAAGAAUGCUACUACUGCCAUCUAAGUCAAAGUCAAAUGUUUCGUUUGACAAUUUGGUUGUGCCACAUCAGGAUAGACUUGCGUCCAAUGUUCGACUUCUCCAUUCAGCUUUCUCUUUCAUUCCAAAAACAAGAGCACCCCCCGUUAAUGUGCAUUGUUCAGAUAGAAACUUUGCAUACAAAAAUGUUGAAGAAUUGCAUCAUCCAUGGAUAAAGAGGUUAUUAGUUGGCUUUGCACGGACCUCUGAGUGUAACGGGCCCAAAAAGCCCAACGGCCCGCCUCACCAUUUAAUACAAGAGAUUGAUAAUGAACUACCUGUUUCACAACCUGCUCUUCAACUCACUCACCAGAUCUUCGGGUCAUGUCCACCAAUGCAAAGUUUUGAUCCUGCAAAAAUGCUCACUGACUCGGGGAAGCUUCAAACAUUAGAUAUACUAUUGAAGCGUUUACGUGCUGGAAAUCAUCGCGUUCUUUUGUUUGCACAGAUGACCAAGAUGUUGAAUAUUAUUGAGGAUUAUAUGAACUAUAGAAAAUAUAGAUAUUUAAGGCUUGACGGGUCAUCCACCAUUAUGGACCGCAGGGACAUGGUCAAAGAUUUCCAGCAUCGGAGUGAUAUUUUUGUAUUUUUGUUGAGUACAAGAGCUGGUGGGCUUGGGAUCAAUUUGACAGCUGCUGACACCGUCAUAUUCUAUGAAAGCGAUUGGAAUCCGACGUUAGAUUUACAAGCAAUGGACAGGGCUCAUCGGUUGGGUCAGACUAAAGAUGUUACCGUGUAUCGGUUAAUCUGCAAAGAAACCGUUGAAGAGAAGAUUUUACAGAGAGCUAGCCAGAAAAGUACCGUUCAGCAACUUGUAAUGACAGGUGGACAUGUACAGGGUGACUUGUUAGCUCCUGAGGAUGUCGUUUCUUUGUUGAUUGAUGACGCACAAUUGGAGCAGAAACUAAAAGAAAUUCCUGCACAGGCUAAAGAUAGACAAAAGAAGAAGGGGUCAACAAAAGGUAUCAGGAUAGAUGAAGAAGGAGAUGCAUGCUUUGAAGAUGUUGCUAAAUUUGAACCCCCAGUUGACUAUGAUGACCCCUUUGUGAAUCCUGAUAAAGCCACACCUGUAGAUAAAAAGAGAAAGGUUACUGCUGAUAAGGGUACUGCAAAACCGAGGCCGCCAAAAGGUUCAAGAAAACCGGACUCUAUGGCAGCACCAGGUUCAGAAUUUAAUGACGGUGUGCCAUACAGUGACAUACAAGAGCAGAGGCCCAAAAGACCAAAGAGGCCAACAAAGAGUGUGAAUGAGAAUUUUGAACUAGCAUUUACUACUUCACUGGAUCCGGCCCGAAAUCCACAUGUAUCUGAACCCACUACUGUUUCUAUAGCCCACGAUGCCACAGCUACUGCUAAUGCUAGGUAUAAUAACAUCUAAAGAAAGACAGCAAUCUAACAUGUUACGGUUUUAGAGUCCAAAAAGAGAAGAGUUUCUAUUUCUGUGGAGGGUUGUAGUAUGAGGUUCACAAGGUGUAUCAUAGUGUAUGUAACUUUGGAAGUUUAGUUUUUUCUUUCAUUGUAUAGUUGUUUUUAGUUUUUU